AUGGCCUUCCGGCGGGUCGUGGCGGUGACGGCCGCCGCCUGCGGGCUGGCGGGCGGCUCCGUCCUCCUCUCCUCGCUCGCCAUCGGGAAGCAGCCGCCGCCGCAGCCGCUGUUGAGCAAGGCCGGCGGCGACGCUGCGGAGCCCGCCUCGGCUUCUCCCGCCUCGGCUUCUCCCGCGGGGCUGCUGCUCCUGCCUUCGCCGGCCGCCUCUUGCCCCGCCGCCCCCGGCUGGCUGGAGAGGAGCAGCAACGGCUGCGGCUACUGGGACAACAACUGGGACAGGAGAGAACCUGUGGCUCUUAUUAAUCUGAAGAAGAAGAAUGAAGAGACUGGGGAACAGGAGCUCUCAUCUCGCCUAAACCACUAUAAAGCAAAAGCUACUAGGCACAUAUUCCUCAUACGCCACUCACAGUACAACUUGGAUGGGCAAGUGGAUAAAGACAGAACUCUGACUCAUUUGGGCCGUGAGCAAGCGGAGCUGACAGGAAAAAGGCUAGCAAGCUUGGGACUGAAAUUUGAUAAAAUUGUACACUCCUCUAUGACCAGAGCAUCUGAAACAACCGACAUCAUCAGCAAGCAUCUUCCUGGGGUGAAGAAAGUGAGCACUGACCUGCUGCGUGAGGGAGCUCCUAUUGAGCCAAACCCUCCCAUCUCUCACUGGAAGCCGGAAGCUGUGCAGUAUUAUGAAGAUGGGGCUCGCAUCGAAGCUGCAUUUCGAAACUACAUUCACAGAGCUGACGUGAAGCAGGAAGAGGACAGCUACGAAAUCUUUGUCUGUCACGCCAAUGUCAUCCGGUAUAUAGUAUGCAGAGCGUUACAGUUUCCUCCUGAAGGCUGGCUUCGGAUGUCUCUCAACAACGGCAGCAUCACUCACUUGGUGAUCCGUCCUAGCGGCAGAGUGGCGCUUCGAAUGCUCGGGGACACGGGGUUUAUGCCUCCAGAGAAAAUCACACGCACCUGAGUGAGCGCAAGGAUGAUCUUUCUGGAGCCACCUGGAGACCACCUCUG